AGUGAACUGGUACUUUUCCUCCUCUCUCUCUUUGUCUCCGAGGGCGUCUGACGAAUGACUCCAUCAGUGGCUGGGCCCGGGAGCCGAACCUCUCCUCCCAUUGGACCGAGCUGAGAAGAGGCUGUCAGCCCAUGUGGCGUGGCCAGGCACAGCUCGACAUAUUUAAAUUCAUUCGGAAAAAAAGUGAAGCAAGCGCAGAGGAACUAGCCGGCGGUGAGAAGCACAAGAAGCGGAGAGGGCUGCUGAAAUUAAAGAACGUCACAGGAUGGAAGACGUAGUGAUCGCUGGGAUUUCGGGCCGUUUGCCAGAAUCCGACAACCUGGAGGAGUUUUGGGAAAACCUCAUCAAUGGUGUGGACAUGGUGACAGAGGAUGACCGCCGGUGGACACCAGGCCUGUAUGGUCUUCCAAAGCGGAACGGUAAACUGAAGGACAUCAGCCACUUUGAUGCGUCCUUCUUUGGAGUCCACCCCAAACAGGCCAAUACGAUGGACCCACAGCUUCGCCUCAUGCUGGAGAUCACCUACGAGGCCAUCCUUGAUGGAGGUCUGACGCUGAGCAUGCUGCGGGGCAGCAAGACUGGCGUCUACAUCGGAGUGAGUGGCUCAGAGGCUGGUGAGGCCUUCAGCAGGGAUCCAGAGGAGCUGCUGGGCUACAGUAUGACUGGCUGCCAACGGGCCAUGCUGGCCAACAGACUGUCCUACUUUUUUGACUUCAAAGGCCCUAGCUUGACGAUAGACACAGCCUGCUCCUCCAGCUUGUUGGCUUUAGAAAAUGCCUUCCAUGCAAUCCAGCAGGGCCAUAUUGAUGCUGCUCUGGUAGGGGGGGUCAACUUGCUGCUGAAGCCAAAUACCUCAGUUCAGUUCAUGAAACUGGGAAUGCUCAGUCCUGAGGGAACCUGCAAGUCCUUUGAUGCAUCAGGGAACGGAUACUGCCGCUCUGAAGCAGCAGUAGCAGUGCUGCUGACGAAGCGAUCCGUGACCAGAAGAGUGUACGCCACCAUAAUUAAUGCAGGCAGCAAUACUGAUGGAUACAAAGAGCAAGGCGUAACGUUCCCAUCAGGUGACGUACAGCAGAUGUUGCUUCGUUCUCUCUACGAGGAGUCAAAUAUCACUCCUGAGCAGGUGGAAUACAUCGAAGCUCACGGCACCGGAACAAAGGUUGGGGACCCACAGGAAGUGAAUGGUAUUGUCAGUGUCUUCUGCCAGUCAAGGAAAGAGCCCUUGCUUAUUGGCUCCACCAAGUCCAACAUGGGCCAUCCAGAACCAGCUUCUGGACUGGCAGCCCUGGCAAAGGUGUUACUUUCUUUGGAGCGAGGUGUUUGGGCUCCUAACCUGCACUACCAUGAUCCCAAUCCAGACAUUCCUGCCUUGACCAACGGCCAAGUUCAAGUUGUCGACCGACCCCUUCCUGUCCGAGGAGGCAUCGUGGGGGUCAACUCUUUUGGUUUUGGAGGCUCGAACGUUCACAUCAUUCUUCGUCCUGCUGAGAAACCAGCUAGCUCAAAUUCACCACGGGUGGUUCCCAAAGUGCUUCAAGCCUGCGGCCGAACGGAGGCCGCAGUGAACGCCAUACUGCAAAAAGGAAAGGAGCACUCCACUGACGACAGCUUCCUGUCUCUGCUGAAUGGAGUGGCAGGAGCUCCCACUGCCAGCAUGCCCUACAGGGGCUACGCUCUUAUUGGCUCUCAGAGUGACAUCACAGAGGUGCAGAUGGGGCAGGCUUCAGCCAGACCUCUUUGGUACAUCUGUUCAGGCAUGGGAACACAGUGGGCAGGUAUGGGCCGCAGUCUCAUGCAGCUUCCAGACUUUAAGGAGUCCAUUCUGCGGUCAGAUGCUGCUCUGAAGGACACAGGCCUGGUUGUGUCUCGUCUGCUCAACGAGGCUGAUGAUGCAACGUUUGAGGACACUGUUCACGCCUUUGUUGGCCUCGCUGCCAUACAGAUCGCUCUGACUGAUCUGCUGACAAAAAUGGGUCUCCAGCCUGAUGGCAUCAUUGGACACUCAGUGGGAGAGCUGGCCUGUGGAUACGCUGAUGGUUCCCUCAGCCACAGCGAGGCCAUCCUGGCUGCCUACUGGAGGGGUCACUGCAUCAAAGAGGCCAAACUCCCUCCAGGAGCAAUGGCUGCAGUUGGGCUGACCUGGCAGGAGUGUAUAGCUCAGUGUCCCCAGGGAGUCGUUCCAGCCUGCCACAAUGCUGAAGAUACGGUCACUGUCUCUGGCCCUCAGGCCAUCCUGAAGCGUAGCCUCAAGCAAUCAUGUGCCAUCAUUCCACUGAUGAAGAGAGGUCAUAACAACAACCUUGAGUUCUUCCUCUCGCACAUUGGCAAAAUCUACAUGAACGGCAUCAACUUGGAUUCCAAUAGCUUGUUCCCAUCGAUGAACUAUCCUGUCCCAGUGGGUACCCCGAUGAUCUCCCCGUUAGUGAUGUGGGACCAUGCCCAAACCUGGGAUAUUCCCAAAGCAGAACAUUUUAUUUACGGUUCAGGAGGAUCUAAUUCGGCUACCAUCUACAACAUUGAGAUAAACCCAGAAUCAGACGACAACUAUCUAACUGAACACUGCAUUGAUGGACGUGUUCUCUACCCCGCGACGGGUUACCUCGUGCUGGCUUGGCGCACCUUGGUGAGAAGUCAUGGGGUUAUCAUGGAAACGACUCCUAUUAAUUUUGAGGAUGUGAUCAUCCACAGAGCUACCAUCCUGCCUAAGACUGGCUCUGUUCAGUUAGAGGUGCACCUCAUGCCGGCCACCAACAAGUUUGAAGUUUCAGAAAAUGGAAACUUGGUUGUCAGUGGUAAGGUGAGCAUUCUCGAGGAUACAUCCCUGGAUUCAUUUCAUAAUCAUCUAAGGCAGCAAGUUGUGGAAAACGGUGACUCCAAAAUAAAGCUCAAGGCGCAUGAUGUUUACAAAGAGCUCCGACUUCGUGGCUAUGACUAUGGGAAGGCGUUCCAGGGCAUUCUGGAGUCCAACAAUGCAGGAGACAGUGGGAAGCUGCAGUGGACAGGAAACUGGGUGACUUUUUUAGAUACCAUGCUGCAGAUGAUUGUGGUCGGCCUGCCAGGUCGAAGUUUGCGCUUGCCAACCAGAAUCCGCUCAGUUUGCAUCGAUCCAGCUGUACAUCAGGACAAAAUAUGCGAUUACACGAAUGGAACUCAAGCUGUGCACGUUGGUGUAAACCGUUGCCUUGACAACAUUGUUGCCGGUGGGGUCCAGAUCUCCGGUCUUCAUGCCACAGUGGCCCCUCGUAGACAGCAGCAACAGAGGUCCCCCACACUGGAAGAGUUUGUGUUUGUGCCCCACGUCAUGACGGAGUGCCUUACCGCCAAUCCAAAACUGUCCGAGCGGCUGAGAAUCUGCAAAGGUUUAAUCCACAGACUCCAGCUGAAGUUGGCUGAGCGUGGUGUCAAGCUGUCCAUUCCUGGACUACAGGGGGUGUUGGAUGAGUCUCCACCCAUUCAAGACCUGUCGAGUCCUGACCUUGUGAGACUGCUGAGCGUUCUGUGUGACCUGGAGCUGAAUGGGAACCUUCACUCUGAACUGGAGCAAGUGGUGAUGAAGGAGCAGGCCUGCCUGCUGCAGGACAGUCUGCUCCAUGGUCUGUUAGAUGACCCGGCUCUCAGACACUGUCUGGACUUAGCCAUGGAGAACUGUACGCCUGGGAAGAUCAAAGUCGUAGAAGCUUUGUCCAACGAUGGUCAGCUCUUCUCACGUGUGGUACCCCUCCUCAGCAUCCAGCCGAUGUUGCAUGUGGACUACACAGCCACAGCAACAAACCUGGAUCUUCUAGUCCCCCACAAAGAUGUCCUGGAGGAACUAGCUGUUGCUUCAGCACAGUGGAGCUCUCAGACUCAAGCAGCUCCUGGGGCACUGGGCUCAUGGGCAGACCUGGUGGUGUGCAACCAUGCCUGGGGUCCUCUGAAGACAGACCCAGGGCUGCUGGUGUCUAACCUGGUUUCUGCAGCAAAACCACAAGGGUUUGUUCUCCUCCACACUUUGCUGAAGGGCGAGACGCUCGCAGAGACGGUUUCCUUCCUCACCAGCACGACUCAGAACAUCAACCAGCCAGUUCUGCUCACACAGGCUGAGUGGGAGAAAGUGUUUUCUGAGGCUUCCUUGACCCUGGUGGUUGUCAGGAGGUCAUUUUAUGGCUCCGCUCUCUUUCUUUGUCGCCUCAAGUCUCAGAGAAAAUCGUCCGUUUACUUACCUGUGGAUGGCACUGACUUCUUGUGGGUGGAAAAACUCAAGGCAAUGAUGGCGGAUUCAUCAGACCAGCCCAUAUGUUUGACAGCUUCACACGCCUACAGCGGGAUUGUGGGAAUGGUCAACUGUCUUCGUCAGGAGCCAGGUGGUGACCGACUACGUUGCUCCCCGGGCACCUCCAAAGGGGAGCCAGCUCUGCAGCAUUGUUUGUUGGGGAUGGAGUUUUCUGGUCGUGACCCCAAAGGUCAGCGUGUGAUGGGGCUUCUCCCUGCUAAAGGUCUGGCAACAACUGUGGACGCAGAUAAACAAUUCCUCUGGGAAGUUCCUGUCACAUGGACACUGGAGCAAGCAGCCUCGGUGCCGGUGGUCUAUGCCACUGCCUACUACUCCCUGGUGGUCCGUGGAAGGCUUCGUCCCGGUGAAACUGUUCUGAUCCACUCAGGUUCAGGGGGAGUCGGACAAGCGGCCAUCGCAAUAGCACUCAGCAAGAACUGCAGAGUUUUUACUACUGUUGGCUCAUCAGAGAAGCGGGCCUACUUGCAGGAGCGGUUCCCUCAGCUGUCGGCAGAAUCUUUUGCUAACUCCAGAGACGCGUCGUUUGAGCAGCACAUCCUGCUCCACACACAGGGCAAAGGUGUGGACGUGGUGUUAAACUCUCUAGCUGAGGAGAAGCUGCAGGCAAGCGUUCGCUGCACCGCCAGACAUGGACGAUUCUUGGAGAUCGGCAAAUACGACCUCGCCAACAACUCCCCACUGGGGAUGGCGUUUUUCCUGAAGAACGUGGCCUUCCAUGGCAUCCUGCUGGAUGCUUUGUUUGAGGAGGGAAACAGGGAGUGGGAAGAGGUGUCUCAGCUUUUACAGGAGGGCAUCACGACAGGUGUCGUUCAACCUCUACAAACCACUGUGUUUACGAGGGACAAGGUUGAGCAAGCAUUCAGAUACAUGGCCCAGGGCAAGCAUAUCGGCAAAGUCCUUCUGCAGAUCCGCUCUGAGGAACAGGGUUCGGCCCUUCAGCCUGCCUCCCCGCUGUCUCUCCCAGCUAUCUGUCGCACUUUCUGCCCUGCAUCUCACUCCUACAUCAUUACUGGAGGACUCGGGGGUUUUGGUCUGGAGCUCGCCCAGUGGCUGAUUGAACGAGGAGCCAGAAAACUGGUGCUGACGAGUAGAUCAGGCAUCAGGAAUGGAUACCAGGCAAAACGUGUUUGUGAGUGGCAGAAUCAAGGCGUUCAGGUGUUGGUGUCCUCGAACGACGUUGGCACACUGAAGGGAACAGAGCAGCUAAUUGCUGAAGCAUGUUCACUGGGCCCAGUGGGAGGUGUCUUUAAUCUAGCCAUGGUGUUGAAAGAUGGCAUGUUGGAGAAUUUGACUCCUGACCUUUUCCUUGAUGUCAACAAACCAAAGAGUGAUGGCACCAUAAACCUGGACAAAGUGACAAGAAAAACAUGUCCAGACCUCAAGUACUUUGUGGUCUUCUCCUCGGUCAGCUGUGGUCGUGGAAAUGCUGGACAGAGUAACUAUGGCUAUGCCAACUCAGUCAUGGAGCGCGUGUGUGAAAAACGCCACUACGAUGGUUUUCCAGGAUUAGCCAUCCAAUGGGGUGCCAUUGGGGAUGUGGGUGUUGUGCUGGAGACAAUGGGUGGUAACGACAUAGUGAUUGGCGGUACCUUACCGCAGCGCAUCGCAUCCUGCCUGGAGGUGCUUGACUUCUUCUUGAACCAGCAGCAGCCGGUGAUGUCCAGCUUUGUACUGGCAGAGAGGGUUGUAGUCAAAAACGAGACUGGAAACAAGAAGGACUUGGUGGAAGCUGUAGCUCACAUUCUGGGUGUACAGGAUGUGAGCAGUCUAAACCCUGACACCUCAUUGGCUGACUUGGGCCUGGACUCUUUGAUGGGUGUGGAGGUUCGCCAGACCCUAGAGCGAGACUAUGACAUUGUCAUGGCCAUGAGGGAGAUCCGCCAUCUUACAAUUAACAAGCUGCGAGAGUUGUCCAAGAGCAAGCCAGAAGGAUCAAAUGAAUCUCAUCAAGCUACAGCCAAGAAGGAUGCUGUUCGCUCUGUGUUGGCCUCUGAUGCGUCCGAGUUAUUGGUCAACCCCGAUGGCCCCACGGUGAUACCCCUCAACAAGGUUCAAAACCAGGAGAGACCACUGUUCCUGGUCCAUCCCAUCGAAGGCUCCACUGCUGUGUUUAAGAAGCUCGCCUCUAAGCUCACGAUGCCUUGUUAUGGCUUACAGUGCACCAAAGCUGCUCCUCUGGACAGCAUCCCGUCACUGGCAGCCUACUAUGUGAGCUGCAUUGAACAGGUUCAAAAAGAAGGACCUUACAGAAUCGGGGGCUACUCUUUUGGAGCCUGCGUGGCCUUUGAAAUGUGCUCCCAGCUGCAGAGCAAACAUCAAUCUGUGCAGAAUCUUUUUCUGUUUGAUGGCUCACACUCCUAUGUGGCAGCAUACACCAAGAGCUACAGAGCUAAACUGACUCCAGGGAACGAGUCAGAGGCUGAAACUGAGGCCCUGUGUGCCUUCAUCCAGCAGUUCAUUGACAUUGAUUACAAAAAGAUUUUGGAGACUCUUCUUCCACUUUCAGACCUGAACGCCCGUGUUGAGGUGGCCGUGGACCUCAUCUCGUCAAGUCAUAAAACCAUCAGCCGUGACUCUCUUAACUUUGCAGCCUUCACUUUUUACUACAAGCUAAAAGCAGCUGAUGGCUACGUCCCUGCUGCUAAAUACCAUGGCAGUGUUACGCUACUGCGGACCAAAACCAGUAGUGAAUUUGAGCAAAACCUGGGAGAUGACUACAAACUUAGUGAGGUCUGCGAUGGAAACGUGUCAGUCCACAUCAUUGAGGGAGACCACCGCUCUCUUAUGGAGGCAGAGGGAGUGGAGUCCAUCCACAGCUUCAUUCACGAUUCAUUAGUUCGCCCACAAGUCACGUCAAGAAAAAACUAAAGCCGCCCGCCCCAUCACUAAUUCUACAACAUCCCCCAGAUAGAGCAGAAACUUCUCUGGAAUCCAGGAUCUACAGAAUGAAUCCAGUUUUAUCAAGUGAGAAUUAAAACAGCUUGUUCUAAGUGAAAGCUAGAGCAUCUUUUCAAAUCUCUGUGAUAAACAGCCCUCGCCUGAAACUGCCUGUUUGUAACACAUUAAUACUUAUUAAAGUUUGUUCUUUCUGAAUAGGAUGUUU